GUACGAACUAUUCCACGAGGAACGUGCGGGUAUAAUUGCUGAUUUCCUGACCACCCUUGACGGGGGCUCAGUAUCAGCUGAGGGAUUUGCGGAACAGUUCGGGAUGAACAGGGCAGAGGCUGUUAUCUUUUUGUCGUGGAUUAAUGUCGGCAUAAAGUUUAAAGAGGCCAGUAUGGACGGACAGGCGCCUCCGGAGGGCUUGGAAAAUAUAAUUGGUAACAACAGUAAAUAA